AUGUCGGGGGACGUAACCGCAACGGAGGAGCGCUCCUACCUGGCGCGCAAACUCCCUUUGUUUAAGUUAUCUGCAUACCAGGCGAAGUUCAUUUGUGAGGGUAUUGGUACCUUUAUUUUCGUCAUGACCAUCUCCCUGGCGGAGGUGAAUUGCGGCGCCGCCGCCAUCAACGGCAAGACCCGCACCCGGAACCUUGCCCCCAUUGCGGAGGGCUUCAUGUUGUCUGUGCUGGUGUUUACGUUUGGCUACAUAUCUGGUGGCCAUUUCAACCCUGCCGUGACCUUUGCAGCCAUGCUUGUCCAGGCCAUGCGGAUGGAGGAGGCGGUGGCGUACUGGAUCGCGCAAGUGAUUGGCGGUGUUUUAGGCGCUGUCUUUGGUACUCUGGUGAACGGUUUUCCGCAUCACCUACCCGCCCCACAGGUUUACCAGAACCUCCCAGGGCACGUCUUAACGGGCUUCAUUGCGGAGGCGUUGUUUGCGGGGUUCCUGGUGACCGUCGUUCUCCACGUUGCCUACUCCCGUCAGCGCAACAACCACUACUACGGCUUGGCCAUUGGCAUGUGCCUCCUUGCCGCCGGGUACUCCGUGGGCGGCGUGUCUGGCGGUGCAUUCAACCCCGCCGUUGCGACGGGGCUUCAAUUGACGAAGUGUAUCGCGGCCGGGUACUGUAUUCCGUUGAUGCAUCUCUGGCUGUAUUGGGCCGCUCCUGCCGCGGGGGCGGUCGGGGCAUCGCUGCUCUUUAAAAUGACGCAUCCCGUGCCGCAAGAGACGGAAGAAGAGGCGCGGAGGAAGGCGCUGCAGCGUUCCGCGCGGCAUCUCUACGGGUCGUAG